AUGCCCAUCGACAAAACCGACAUAAAAAACAUCAAACUGUACCAUACUGGCUUGGCUGCAAAGAAGAGCAUAGCAGAUCAAUCGGAUUGGAAUAUCAAUUGGCCACCUACUUCAGAAGUAAUCAGUGAAGAAGAAUGUGCUAAACUUGUGCCUGUAGAAUUAUUCAAUCUUUUAGCCCUGGUAACUAAUGCCACAGAAGAAGUUCCACCUUCUGACACCUUUGUGGAAGUGACUGAUGAGGCAAGAGCUAAACUUGUAUCUAUUUGCAUGGAUAUUAUUUACCUGUCAUCAAAUGGACGGAUACAAACACCGAAGUCUCUUGCUCUGGUCUUACAUUGCGACACUUGA